AUGUCAGAUUUUGACAGCAACCCCUUCGCGGACCCGGACUUCAGCAACCCGUUUCAGGAUCAGGUGCGAGCCCAGACGGAGUUAUUGAGGAGACAGGAGGAGCUGGAGAGAAAAGCCGCUGAGCUGGACCGCAGGGAGAGGGAGAUGCAGUCUCUCAGCGCAUCAGGAGGGAGGAAAAACAACUGGCCGCCUCUUCCAGAGAAGUUUCCGGUGGGUCCGUGUUUCUAUCAUGACAUAUCAGUGGACAUCCCUGUGGAGUACCAGAAAACCGUCAAGAUCAUGUACUAUCUGUGGAUGUUCCACACGGGGACGCUGUUUGCCAAUAUAUUUGGCUGUUUGUCGUGGUUCUGUGUAGAUGCGUCGAGGGGAGUGGAUUUUGGUCUGGCCAUGCUCUGGUUCAUGCUCUUCACACCCUGUUCAUUUGUCUGCUGGUACAGACCUCUGUAUGGAGCAUUCAGGAGUGACAGCUCUUUUAGGUUCUUUGUAUUCUUCUUCAUCUAUAUCUGCCAGUUUGGUGUCCAUGUGCUGCAAGCCAUUGGCAUUACAGGUUGGGGAGCCAGUGGCUGGAUCUCAGCACUGACCGGGCUGAACACAAGUAUUCCCGUCGGCAUCAUCAUGAUCCUGAUUGCUGCCCUCUUCACCGCGUCGGCUAUCAUCUCUCUCAUCAUGUUUAAAAAGGUUCAUGCGCUGUACCGAACCACCGGCGCCAGUUUCGAGAAGGCGCAGCAGGAGUUCGCCACAGGCGUCAUGGCCAACAAAACGGUGCAAACCGCCACCGCUAACGCCGCCUCCUCUGCUGCCCGGGGAGCCUUCAAAGAGCAGAUCUGAUUGGUCCAGAGAACACCGACUCCGCCCAUGCUACUUUGACCCCGCCCUCCGCAUUCCUCCUAACUGUCUUUACAGCCAAUCAUCAGCUCUGACUGGCUGUUCAAGACCACACCCACUCUCUUUGACUUAAUGCACUCCUGUGACUGACUGAGACCCCGCCCACAGCCUCUCCCCUCCUGUCAAUCAGCAGGUGUGCUCACCUGUUCUUUAGUUGGAGUGUGUGUGUGUGUGUGUGUGGAACGCCUGUCUGUGAGUAAACAGCCUAAAGAUUCACUUUAUAUGUUCACAUCACUGCUGGGUGUCAGUUUGUCCCUGUUAAACAACAGGAAGUGAUGUCAUCCAGUGUCCUUUUAUGGGAUCCAAGGAAAGAAAGAAUGGUUAUGCCCUCACAGGUCUGUCUUACCGAUCAUCUCCGCUUAAACACUCGUAAAAUCACAUGUCCAGGUCACAAUUAACCUCAAAAUUGAAAAAACAAAACAAAACAACAUUUACCAUAUUUUCUCUCAUUUUUUUGACAGUUGAGCACAUUUAAAAACUGAUUAAAAUCAGUUUUGUGUUACAUUCAGCUUAAUUGUUUCGAAAACGUCAUAAUGCAAAUGCCAUGUACGUGAAAUAAUUUUUUGCAUUACAAAAUGUUUGCUUUUCUGUAGAUUUUGGGCUAUAACAUGACAUUUUGCAUGCAAAAAUAAGCUUUUCUUUGGAUUUUGGGGCAUAAUAUGACCUUUUGUGUGACAAAAUGUGGCUUUUCAUUGGAUUUUGGGGUAUACCGUGACAUUUUGCAUAAAUAUUUGGCUCAUCUUUGGCUACGACCUUUUGCAAAAACAAAAUUGGGCUUUUCUUUCAAUUUUAGGGUAUAAUACAACCUUUUGUGUAACAAAAUUUGCCAUUUUAUUGGAUUUCAAACUAAAAAGUUACAUUUUGCAUUAAUAAUGGUCACUUUUCUUUGGAUUUUGGGAUAUAACAUGAUAUUUUGCAUAAAAAACAAUAGACUUUCCUUUGGAUUUUGUGGUAUAAUAUGACCUUUUCAAGGUGCGAUUCGCUCCCAACUAUCAUUAUAAACGCUUCAUCCUGCAAAUGAACCAUCAGUAUACAAAGAUGUCCACCAACUCAGAGGGUCUCUUUACCUGUAAAUAUAUAUAUAUAUAUAUAUAUAUUAAACCUGUAUGAUGACAAAGUAUUGACUGAUUUUAAACACAUGAAUGAUUUUGAGGCUUUCUGGUUUCUUUUAGUUCUUUCUAAUAGAGUUGUUUUGGAAUGGAAACUAAUUCUUAAAAGCGUGAACCACUCCGGAUACGUUCCUGCACAUGCAUGGAAAGCUUGCUGAGCUCUCUAUAGGAUAAACUGGAAAACACUUUUAAAAUCACAAUUAAAAUCUGUGCAUCGCCCGCGAACAUCGCUAACGACACGUGGCAUUUGUCCUGAAGAUGUGUGUAAGACUGUGCCGUGCUGGGCCGUCCUGAUGUUGGAUCCUGAAUGACAUUGUCCGUCGUUAUUUGUCGGUUUGUGAUUUGAAGCGUAGAGCUUUUUAAAUGAUGUUUGUUUUCCUCUUUUUAUCGACUGGAGCAGAGAACCUUGUAGCCUUGGUUAAUGUCGCCAAGAGACAGCCAAGUUUUGCAAUUAUGGGAUAUGCAUCAAGAUUCAAAUUGAUCUUAACCUUUCAACAACACUCUGUGUGUGUGUGUGUGUGUGUGUGUGUGUGUGUGUGUGUGUGAGAGAGAG